GAGCAAACAGUCGCUCUUCGCGACAUAAUCGCCCCGGGGGUCGCGCGCUCCAGCUCAGCGCGCUAAAACUAUUUAAAGGACGCGGUUUCUAUACUGACUAGCUGACCACCGCUGCAAUCUCGGCCCUGCCUGUUACAAUUCGGCCACCGUCCUGCUCACCUUGAGUGCAAACUCACAAAUGACAUCAAUCACUGCUACGUUGGCAACUGUGGGCCAAGAUAUACACCGUAAAUAGCGCAAUGAAGCAGCUGGCCGGAUUCAAAAGCGGCUUCCGAUUCGGCAAAAUUUCCGCAGUAUUCCCCGCCAGAAUGCGCACAAUGCUGCAUUCCUCGCAUUCACUGCAUCGCUCCUCGCCUGCGACCUGACUAUCGUUUGCUUCGCUGAAAUAGAAGCAAUCAGCGACGAUGCUGCAACACCGCUGACGCAAGAAGCACCCGAAAAUGAAGACCAAGGUCCUAGUCGUGCCCGUAUACCAGAAGCACUGGCUUUGGUUCACUUUUAGCGAGGCCACAGCGGCCGAGGCCGCAGCGGAGCGUGCGGUGCACUGGACGCAAGGCGGGUCGCUGCCGGAGAAGGCGCAGCUUCUGGGCAAGGAGAUCAGCUACAAGUUCAACGCCGCGACACAAAAGCAAUGGAAGGCCAUGCAGGCCGCGGAGGAGGGCUCCUUCAGGAACAGGCUCUACAAGCUGGCCAGGUGGGUGCUAAGUCAGGAGGACCCCACCGAGACCUUCCUCAAGCAGCUGCCGCGGCAGCCUGGGGAGCUGGAGGUCAUACACCCGGCGUCUGUGAAGGAGCGGCUGGUGCGGCGGCGCAUGCGGCGUAUGGCUCAGGCGCAGGAGGCCUUCCACAACCGCCGCAUUCUCGGCUGGGCACUGGCCACCAUUCCACAGCUGCCGCUCGUGCUGACGCCGCUGCCCAACGUGACGCUGUACUACACCGCCUACAAGAUGGUGUCGCACUACCAGGCGGUGCAGGGCUGCCGCACUCUUCGCGCCGCCUUUGACCGCUACGACCAAGAGGAGCUGGAGCGGGCGAGGGAGCGCGAGCGGGGGCACGGGCACGGGCACGGGAGAGGGCCGCUGUGCUUCCUGCCACUGCCCUGGCUGUGGGGCGGCGGCGGCGGGCGCGCGGGGUCAGCGGGCGCGGCGGCAGCCGGCACGAGGGGCGCGGCGGCGUCGGCUGGGGGCGGCGGGGCGGGGGCGGUGGUGGCGCCGCACUUCAGCUCGUGCCGGAGGCUGGACAAGGUGGUGAAGCCGCUGGACAGGUGGGAGACGCCACUGGACGACGACCGGGCGGCGCAGCUGCGCGACAUAUUCGCGCCGCCGGCCGGCCCCAAGACCAAGACCGCCACCACCACUGCUACCAGCAAGCAGCAACAGCAGGGGAAAGGCGAGGCGCCGCAGCAGCAAGAGGGGGCUGGUGACGCGGACUCGGGGCUGGGGCCGGAGGCGCUGCCGGAGCUGGUGGCCCGGCUGCGGCGCAAGGUGCUGGAGGGCGCGGCGGCGGGGGCGCAAGGCAAGAAGCGGGCGUGAGUUGGUCCGUGCGGAGCGCUUGCGACCGGUUGGCAGCACACUGCUGUGGUGGGGACUGGCGGCAUGCAUGUUGCGGUGGUUGAUGGCGGUUGGUGUCAGCUGUGGCGUGGUCGGGUGGGGCAGUGCUGCAGGUUGAUGUUGCGUUGGCGGCCCGAGCGACGAGCGUGACUUCAACAGGAGCAGCGCUCUGGGACGCAUGCAUUUCUUAGUAGUGAGGCGGCUAGGGCCCUAUUUUCUAGACAGUGACAAGCGCUGUGGGAUGAGGCCGCUAAGGCAGAGCCAGGGCCAGUCACGGCUAGCGGACUGAUGUCUCAAAGUAGCUAAGGGUGGAAUGCAUAUCCAUGGGUAGCGUGGCAUUCCUCUGCCGCCCCGCCGUUGCUAGCCAUUACUUGCACGGUAUCAUGAGAGAAGAAUCAUCACAUACGAGAGUCAGAGAGUGAGAGGAAGAAAUCAUAUGUGUGGCUGGAGGAGACGGGAAAGAUGCGGGAUUUGUGGAAGCACAUACGUACGGUGUACGAAGUGACGCCCAAGUUCGUGAGAGCUGACCUGAACUCAAGCUGUAACUGGGAUAUAACCCGAGGCAUGGUGUGGCCGUGUGGGCAGACGCUGUCUACGUCAAGGGUGCUGAGCGCAAGGUGCUGCGCUGCUGCAGGCUCCGCCGAACAGCUUGUUUUGUAAUCCCACUUGAUG